CACCCUGAGCCCUUCCCUUCCCUUCCCUUCCCGCACUCUCCCUCCUCUCCCAAAAAAGCGAAAAAAAAAAGGGGGAGGUUGCACUCAACGGCCACACUCGCUUCUCUCAGAGCCCGCCACAACUCUCCCUCUCUCUUUCUUGCCCUAGGGGAACGGAGAAGCUCCUGCUCCUCUGCCACUCUCGGUAUCUUCUCGCUCCGUGCUUCUGCUUCGCUCUUGGUCGACCGAUCCGGUGGUGGGGAUGAUUCAGGGAGCGGCUUUGCGGCCGCCGAUCUUGGGGCAGUACCACCUGAAGAAGUUCUGGCUGAAGAAGAAGGAGAUUGAAGAUGCUGCCGAGGAGAUGCUCAACAAGUCCGUCCUCCUCGUCGCCAACUCCCCCUCUUCUUCGCCGCCCUCAUCCUUGCCUUCCAUGUCCGCCACCCCCUCCGUCCAACUUAAGUGUUCUCCGCCUCCCUCCGCCGUUGCAGCCGUAGCGGAGGCUUCCCCGGCUGUGGAGGCACCCGUUUGCGGCGAUGGCGCCUCCGGAUCGCCCUUGUCGGCGAGAGUCCAGAGCUCUAGGGACGCGGAGCCGCAGGGACGGCGAGAUCCGGCGACCGUGAGCCCGAGAUCGACGACGGCAGCUUGUGCUGACUGCAAGACGGAGAAGACUCCACUCUGGAGGAAUGGGCCGCUGGGCCCCAAGUCCUUGUGCAAUGCCUGUGGUAUCCGUUACAAGAAGCUGGGAAAGCGCCAGGUGGGGAAUCCGGCGACGGCACCGGAGGCGGUGGUGGAGGGAAUAGAGAAGAAGAGGAAGAAGAAGAUGAUGGCGAAGAGGUGGAUGAGGGAUGAGGAGGAAGGGGCUCUGCUCCUCAUGGCUCUCUCUUCUCGGCAGCCGCUUUGGACCCACUGACUCAGAUGUUUUUCUUUUCAUCAGUUCACGGGGAAUGGCUGAAGUCGGCCGAGCGAUGGGGGACGCCGCCAUCUCCUGGUGAAGCUUUUGCGUUCUUUUCUUUUUUGGUUCUGCUCGAGCAGAUGCGUAACCUGAUACAUGUAGCAGCUACUGCGAGUUGGGAAGAACUGAACUGCAAGCCGUUGAAUCCUCAUUUCUUCUUUUAGGCAUGCUUUUUUGUAUGUUGAUCUCUCAUAUUUUUCCUUUUCCUGGUCCCCAUGUUCUCAUGCCUCUUCUUGUAACUUUUGUCGCAUUGUACCCCUUGUGAAAUAAUGUCAACCCCCUUUCUCUCUC